UGUACCGGCCAGUGGGUGCGCCUCCCUCAGCACCACAGGAAGGCACUCUAAGGCAGACAAUUAUCCGUCUGCCUCAGCCUCUCUCUAUGUCUGUGUCUGCCGUGUCUAUUUAAACUCUUUUAUGUGUCGGUAAUAUUACUUGGUAGUUAAGAUGGCGACCAACAAGGCACCGGGACUAUUUUCUUACAGUAAUUUGGUCCAUGCAGUGGCCGGAGGAUGUGGUUCUGCUGUGGCUAUGUCUACACUUUUCCCUCUUGAUACUGUGAGAACAAGAUUACAGUUAGAGGAAGGUCGGAGAAAGAGCAGCAUACUCUCUCUUUUACGAGAGAUUUACAAAGAGGAAGGCUUAGCUGGGUUGUACCGAGGGCUACUUCCUGUGAUUGAGUCGUUAUAUUGCUCCAAUUUUGUGUACUUUUACACAUUCCAUGGCCUCAAGAGAAUUGCCAAUGAAGACAAGUCAGCAUUAAGAGAUCUCCUCUUAGCUAUGGUAGCAGGUUCAGUUAAUGUCAUGACAACCAAUCCCUUAUGGGUUGUGAAUACAAGGUUGAAGAUGCAGGGUGCGAAAGUGAUUACCAGCCAACACACAGCUACGAGAAGAUACAAGGGCAUGUUAGAUGGUCUUUUACGAGUAGGACGUGAAGAAGGUGUGUCUGGCCUUUGGUCUGGGGCUUGUUCGUCCCUCAUCCUCACGAUCAACCCAGCAAUUCAGUUCAUGGCAUACGAAGCCAUGAAGAGGCAAAUGCAGACCAUGUACAAGUCGCAGGAGCUCAAUUCACUGGUGGUCUUUGGUGUGGGGGCUGCGGCCAAGGCAUUAGCAACAGUCCUUACCUACCCCAUACAGCUGGUCCAGGCUAAACAAAGGCACGGGCACAACUAUGAAGGAUUGCCACAGAAGGCUGGACUGAUUCCACUCUUGCUAUACAUUAUGAGGGUCCAUGGUUUCAAGGGAUUGUUCAAAGGGCUGGAGGCAAAGAUCCUGCAGACGGUGCUCACUGCUGCUCUCAUGUUUGUUUGCUAUGAGAAAAUUGCCUCAAUUGUCUUCGCCAUUUUGAUGGGAAAUAGGAAGAUGGCUGUGAAGAAAUAGAUAGAAAUCCUGGUUGUGUUUCAGCUUUAAUGAAGCUUAUCAGUUAGCAUAGAAAGGAAGAGUAAUUUUUUUCUCUCUCUCAUUGGAAAGUAUGGAUUGGAUGGGAAUAUUGAGAUACAAGUAUAUAUGUGUAUAUAGGUGUAUUCGCACUGUGUAUUGCCUUUUAUGAUAUUUUGCUUCUAGAAGUGUGUAAGACAUUUUUUUCAGUAUGAUUAUUUAAAGAGUGUUUUAGAAAAUCUUUGCGAAGAUUACUUGAUGUAUAUAAUCAAGAUUGCCAUACUUUCAUGCUAUUUCAAAGGACUGCAAUUUGUGCUAAUUUGCACCUUUUUAAUUGCAUUUUGUAAUUAUAAUUGAAAGUCAAGAUUUUUUAUUUUUAUUUUGUAAUUAUUCAAAGAAUUAUAUAUAUUUUUAUUCCCUGAAAUGGGCCCAAAGGACAGUUGCAUUUUAAGUGUUCUGAAAUGUCAUAUUUACAUUUAUAUGUAUUGUGAGAGAGUGAGUGAGUGAGUGUGAGUGUGUGUGGGUAUGGGUGUGGGUGUGCGUGUGUGCAUGCGUGUGUGUGGGUGUCUUUUCUUUGGAUCAGAUGUUUCAUGUUCACUAGUAUAUCACUACGUAAGGAUCUCUACACCAGUGUUUAACACAUAAUUUCCAGAUUCCAAGUAGUCACAAAAAGUAUAUAUCUUUAUACUUUUAAAAAAAUGCAGUCUGUAGAUUUGCCUGAUUUAACUUAAUUCAAUUACUAGGUUACUUUUGCAGGGUAUCAAUCCUUUUUUCUUUUUCUUUUCUUCUUCUUUCUUUUUAUUUAAAGAUACAAAAUUAUUUUUAAAUUCCCUGAAAGUAAUUUUGUCCUGCCAGAUACUCAGGGAAAAUGUCUUUUAAUAUUGAUUAAAUAGUAAAAUUAUAUAAGCAACACAGCAAAUAUAAACUGGUUCACAAGUAAUGAGUGAAAAUACCAGUGUGUUAACAAUAUGGGUUUAGUGAUAACAGUAGGUGAUCUCUUACAAAUUCAUUUUUUGAAGACGGAAAAUCUAGCUUUGAAAUAUUAAGUUAAUUUUGGUAAAUACACACCUGUGACUGCAUUGUACUGAAGGGGACCGCCAACAUAAUCUUUGGGGGAAAUGUAAUUUUAGGUGAAUCUGAUUUUUUAAUUUUAUUUUUUCAUUUUUGGCAUCCUUUGUGUAUUCUUUAAAGUUGUUACUAUAACCCCCAAAAUCUGAAGAAUAUUAUCUAAUAUUGAUACUUCCCUAUUGAGUUAUUCAGAAAAAAAAACUUAGUGCAUUGCUUCUGAAAUAGUUGUCUGAAGUUACGCUUUAGGUAUCUUCCACAUCCCACUUUGUUUUCUGUUGUCGUUACAGGCUGGAAGAAAAUGGGCCUUUGUGGGAGCACACUUAUGAUCUUUUUAUCACUGAAUAUCUUAAAGGUUUAUUUUCAUUACCUUUCAUUAGGAAGCAGUACAGGUUACUGGGAAGAAAAUGUUUACAUAGUUCUAUAAACAAAAAAACAAAAACAAAAACAAACAAAAAGUGUGCUGGUUCCCAUAGGCAACACACACAGCUUUUAGAUGCUUCAAUAGCUUAUUGAUUUUCAUACUUUUUAAUAAGAACCUUUCUUCCUUAAGAGUUUGUAAAAACUUUCAUUUGCCUCACUUGUGCAAAUGAUGUAUUUACUUCUUCAUAUGGAUAGCAGAAUGACAAUUGUGAAGAGGAAAUUAUUUUUUGGUUUGACUGGGAUAUAGACAUGAUUAAAACUUUAUUAUAACAAUGUUUACCAUGUGUAAGGUGUUAUUCAUUUUUAUAUUAUCCUAAUUAUUAGAUAUUGAAAUGGCUUGUAGGAAAAUUAUCACUUUGCUGUACAGAAUUGAGCUUUUUGCAAAGGCACUACAAAAACGUUACUAAAUUUUAAAACAAGAUUAAAUUAAAUUUUGUAAGGUCACAAUACCUUGGAAGGUUGAGAUGAAAAUGAUUUUUAAUUUUUAUGCCUUAUUUAUUCUUAUUCAUGUGAAAUAACUGAAACUUCAUAUUAGUAACAUUGGUUUGAUUACUUGUUCGUCAUUUUAGGGAAUAUACUAGAUUUGAUUUAUAGAAUUUACUUUGAGUGCCUAUUUAGAUAUUAAAAAUUAUUAAUAAAUAGAAUGAUAAAAGUGUGCAUAAGGAAUAUGUUUAGUGAUACAUUUAAGUGUAUAUCAUGGAAGGAACAAAUUGUGAUGAGAUUAUAGUGUAUGAUUUACAUAUUUAUGUAUAUGUAUUUAUAUGACAGUUAUGACAUACAUAGAACAUAUGAAACAAAGUUAAAUAGUUUUUAAUAUUUACUUUUCCUCAUGGAUUCAUUAUCACAUUUUUGUUUUUAAUUGUCUGUGAUUUAUUUGUGAUGUUUGUGGUGGCAGGUGAGAAAAAUUGUUGCAAUUUGCAGUUUGAAUAUUAUUUCACUGAUAUUCUAUGAAAAGGGUUAAAGAUAUUUGUAAAAUAUAAAAAAGCUAUCUUCUAAAGAUGCUAAUGUUUAUGGCAAAGGUAUCAGAGUAAUAGUAUUAAUAGCAGUAAAAACUUUUUUUCUAUAUUUUUUCUUUUGGAUAUAUGUAUUACGCAUUUAGUUGCAAUGAUUUGUUUUAGGAAAAUUAUAAAACUACUGUCUGUAAAAUCAAUUCAGUCUCAUAUACAAAAUUAUACAUAGAUAUGAUUUUUAAAUUAACAUUCAUAAAUAAAGCAAUUUAUUUCUA